AUGGAAGGCGAUGGGUCGCAGCCCACCCAAGCUACCCAGAAUGUCCUCGAUCCGCGCCGCGUAGGCAAGCAAAACUCCGGCUUCUCUGACGAGGACAUCUCCGACAUCAUCUGCCUCCUCUAUCCCCACUCCGAAUUCGCCCGUCGCGAGGUCCACCGUAUAGCCCGCGAGCACUCGCAUCAUGUCGUCGGUAGGGAAGAGGCAGACGCCGUGGAGCCGGACUACGAGCAGGAGGACAGGGCCGACCAGUUCCAGCUGACGCCGCCCAACAUCGAGCAUGCCAUCAUACUCCGCCUGUCUGCUAAGACCAAGGAUCCGCUACAUGGCUUCAUGUUCGGCAGGAAUGCUUCGCGCUGCGAUAUCUGCUUCGCCAACGACCCCAUGAAGCGUCUCAGCAACAUCCACUUCCGCAUCUACGUCAACGAGUACGGCGUGGUCAUGCUGGAGGACCAGUCGACCAACGGAACCUUUGUCGAAGGGACGCUGUUGCGCGCGAAGCCCAAGAACGCAAACGACAAGUGUGAUACGAAGAGGGUUCUAAGCCAUGGCUCCAAGAUCAAAGUAUUGAUGCAUAACGAGCAGCAUGACUUGGAGUUCCUGGUCCGGAUACCGAAGCGCGUGGGUGAGUACGAAAUGGCCUACACCGCAAAGCUACAGCAAUACUUUGCAAAGCUGGAGACUCUGCGGGUGAAUCACAAUGAGACGGUAGUGCCGGGUCCGGGCGGCCAUGUCGACUUGUUUGCUGCUCCUCGGAGACCACCGACCGCCACGACGCGUAGAAUAGCGUUGCCAUCUGGAACGACACAAGACAACGUUGAUCGAUUCCCGAGAGACUGGGAUGGUUCUGGCAAGUACAACCGUGUGGGCCAGAUUGGCAAGGGGGCAUUUGCGGUCGUUUACAAGGUCACGUCCAAGUUUGACGGAGUCCCAUACGCCGCCAAGGAGCUUGAGAAGCGGCGUUUCAUCAAGAACGGCGUCCUGGAUCAAAAGGUGGAAAACGAGAUGAAAAUCAUGCAAAGGGUUCAACAUCCAAAUAUCGUCCGAUAUAUCGAACACUUUGAUUGGGAUAAUCGGCUCUUUAUUAUAAUCAUGGAGUUUGUCGGCGGUGGCGACCUUGGCAAGCUUAUCAGUACCCGUGGCCCGUUGCAAGAGGUGUCAGUGAAGCAAAUGGCGGCUCAAUUGCUGAGUGCCCUGGCCCACCUGCACGAAAACCACAUUACCCAUCGAGACGUCAAGCCCGACAACAUCCUCAUCUCAUCGCUCAACCCAUUCGAUGUCAAGUUGACAGACUUUGGUCUCUCCAAGAUGGUUGACAACGAGCAAACGUUCCUGCGAACGUUUUGCGGCACCUUGCUGUACUGCGCGCCAGAGGUAUACUCGGAGUACGCCGAGUACGACGAUAACGGCUAUCGGAACCCGCGGAAUAGGGCAAAGCGGGCAGCAGUCGGACAGAGAUACGACCACGCCGUCGAUGUCUGGUCUCUCGGGGGUGUGCUCUUCUACGCGCUCACUGGUAAUCCGCCUUACCCCGUUAAGAACGGUGUGAGCUACUCGGAGUUGCUACACACGAUCAUGACGAGGCCUCUUGACACGCUUCCGCUGGUCCGGCAGGGUAUCUCGCAGCAGGGCAUCGAGUUUCUUUGUUAUAUGCUGGAGAAACGCCCAGAAUGCCGGGCGACAGUCAGAGAACUCCAGACACACCCUUGGCUGGGAGUUCAUAGACUAAACCCUUCGCAAAAUGGCGACCAGUCAUUCGACGAAAUCACUGACGAAGACGAAGAGUUGCAAGUUAACGCAUCCCAGCUCAGUCUGGAGGAAGGACAAUCGCGUUAUCUUGCCGACACGGAGUUACCCUAUGACGAGAGUGUGGAUGAUAUUGUCAACGACUUCAUCGAGGAAGACUCGGAACAGGAGAAUGGGACGUUCGGCCCCACCGGAAAAGGUGCUGGGCCGAGACUCUUUGGAGAGGUCAAUGUAUCUGCGGUGGGCAGCAGGGGCGCAAUAGCGGCGGAACGGCUCAACCUCCCAGUGGCCGACUCGGGUGUCCUGGGCAACGAGAGCUUAGGGUCAGAAAUACGGGACAGCUACGAGUCGGACGAUGCCUCGACCAUCAUCGGCAAGAAGUCAGGGAGCAGCGGGGGCGCUCGGCUCUCCGCCUCUGCGGCCAACGGGCAGUCCGAAGAUCAGCUCCGUAGCCUGGUCGAAAACGUCGCUUCUCAGAGUCUGGGCGCAACCGAUUUUGGCAGCGAUCUCCAGAUGAAGUCCGCGGCCACUUCCCAUGUCAAUGGGACGUUCUAUAACGCUAGCAAACGGAAACCGUCAUCAGUCGAUACGAGUGACGAGUUCGAGCCGCGGCCGCGAGAAAAGCCCAUCUUCAAACGCCUCAAGUCGGAGGGCAACCUUGACGCCCUUGCAGAAGAGGAAAUGGAGGAGUACAAGCUGCUUGCCUCUGUGCCGCAGAUCAAGAGGUUGGAAUCCGGGCGACAGAUCGAUGGGCCUUUCAACAAGAUGCACUUUUGGGGGAAGGACAUGAAUACGUGGCAUCUCCGCUACCCUGAGAUGACACAGCUGCAGUACGAAAUGUUCAAGAAGGCAGCACAAAGCCGGGGGGAGGAAUUUGGCCCAGGCAAAUCCCCGUUAUGGGAAAUGGCUUUCAAGUACUUCCCACCAAACAAUGGCGUGCCUGCUAUGCACACACAGAACCAGCCUACCGUCGACGAGACAAACCGGGCGCUGCUAAAGCGGGACGACAGGAAAGUGCUGGAGGGCACGGAAUGGGACAUUCCCGCCACGGCUCCCCCGCCUGAAGAAGAUUCGCUUCCCGACACUCUGCCGCCAGAGACGCAGCACAAAAUCAUCGUUCCCAUUUCCGACGACGGACCGAAACGGGCUGUUGCCGUGCUUGAGUCGGCCCCUGACUCAUUGGUCUCUGGGAUCUCCGUUCCUGUGACGAUCUCACUCAUGUCGUGGGGCCGCGGACCUUCCAAUACGGUCAUCUACGAGCCCAAGACAGAGGUCAAAAUACCCAAAUAUGCUCUCAAGGUCUUGCUGUGGAGGGAUGGCUACGAUCCUUCCAAGGAUACGACCAAGCAUCCUUGGGACAAAUACCCGAACGGCGAGGGCUUCGCCUUCUACCUAUCAACAAAGGCCACAAACGGGAUCUUGCUCAAUGGCUGCGAGCUUCUGUCGCACGAUUGCAAGAAUCCCACAAGCCCAUCGAAGAACUGGGUCCAAGUCUACGAUGGCGACGAGAUUGUUGUAUGGGGCACCGCCACCGACACAACAAGCCAGACAAAGGUCAUUUUCCGCUGCUUUUACGGUGACUCCGCAAAGCGUCGCCACCCAGAUGCCCCUCCCAAGUUGGUCUCCUCAUCAGCGGCGCGCAAGAUGGACGAGAUAUGCGGCAGAUACGAGAGAAAGUUGAAGACGGCAGCCGAGCAGGAACAGAGGUACAGCGAGGUCGACAAGGAACUGGUCGAGCGCAAGCAGAACAUCGAGAGGGAGCGUGAGCGCAGCCGCGUCUUCGAGGAGAAGCGGCUCGAGGCGCUGAGGUUCGUGGCGCUGAGGACGGCGUCCAGGAGGGGUUCACCGGCUAGCGCGCCCGCGACCACCGUUCUCCGGGGCCAGACACCGUGUCUGAAUGCGCCUUCGCCGCUGCAGGAGGCCCGGUCUAGCAGCCCUCAAAACUGA